CAGCCGGCACAGCGUUGCCUAGUAGCAGCUACUGGCAGCGGGAGAGUACGCCAAGAGCUUCUUUUGGUUUUACGCACGCAGUUUGGACGCACCGUGGACGCUCGCCUUGACGACUCGCGCGCCUGUCAUCCGUCUGUCUCCGUCUCAAAAGCGAUAUAUACUCGAAAUGCCGCAGACUGUGAUGCUAAUGGGACCCUCUCCUUGGGGUUUUCGGCUCGUGGGUGGACGGGAUUUCAGCACGCCCUUAACCGUAUCCCGGGUGACGGCGGGCAGUAAAGCGGCCCUCGGGGAUCUGUGCGCCGGCGACACCAUUUUGGCCAUCAACGGAGAGAGCACUGAGAAUAUGACCCACAUGGAGGCUCAGAACCGCAUCAAGAACUGCAGCAGACAGCUCACGCUCAGCAUCUGCAGGUCGGGGUCAGGCGUAGACAGAGUGUGGUCUCCAACAGUGAGCGACGACGGAAAGAUCAGCCCCUACACAGAACCAGACUCACAGAACUUCCGUCCCAUCUCGAGCGGCUUCUCCAGUUACCAGCGUAAACCCUCGUACGGCUCAGAGCCCCCGUCCCCCCCGGCGCCCGUCUCCUCCCCCACCCCCUACGCCAACAACGGCCACGCCAGGCCCAACAACGGCCACAGCUACGGGGGCUACGGGAACGGGCACACCCAGUACAGCGCGCCCCAGUACAGCACCCAGCAGUACAGCACCCAGCAGUACAGCACCCAGCAGUACAACGCACCCACCGCUCUGUACGCACACAACGGAAGCAACGGAAGCAACGGGGAGAGGUGUCUGUCCAACAAGAUGAGUGGACUCAGGCUCAGUGCCCCAAACAGCCCAGAGCCCCCCAUCCCCUCCCCUGACGUCACACAGUCUGAUGUCUACAAGAUGCUCCAGGACUACGAAGAGCCCGUGUCUGAACCCAAGCAGUCCGGCUCCUUCAAGUACCUGCAGGGCAUCCUCGAGUCCGGAGACGGAGGUGCAUCGCCGACUGACAGACUGAGGAACCUGAAGUCCCCCAUCAGGUCCCCGGUCCCCAAAAUGGGAAACCCGAUCCCCAGCCCUUCCCCUGGACUCCAGAAUCUGCCCCAGUGCACACGCUGCUGCACCGGCAUUGUGGGCACGAUCGUGAAGGCCCGAGACAAGCUGUACCACCCCGACUGCUUCAUGUGUGACGACUGCAACAUCAACCUGAAGAAGAGGGGCUACUUCUUCAUCGAGGAGAGCCUGUACUGCGAGGCCUGUGCGAUGGCGCGCGUCCAGCCACCCGAGGGCUACGACGUGGUGGCCGUGUACCCCAACUCCAAAGUGCAAAUCGUCUGAGAGAUACACGCGAAUAACAAAUGUAAAUACAGGACCCAGAUCUGUCGAACGGGAUAAAGGGGGUUUCGUAAAGAGAUGUUUGUGAUGAAACUUUUUGUUGACCGGGUUCAGAUACUACAAGCUUGGUGCAAAGUUCUGCCUUACGUUUGUUUAUCAUUUAUGGUAUUGCCAAAUUGAAACUCUGAAGUGAAAAAAAAAAAGAUGGUCUUCCCAGAAAAUUAUAUGUUUUUUUUUUUCUUUGUUUCUGUAAAAUAUUAUCAGUAUAGUGUUAAAUUGUAAGGACUUCUAAAAAAAAGGAUUUAUUCUGGGUCUUUCAGGCUUUUUCAGAUUUAAAGUUUCACAUUUCUUCUUUUUUAAGUGCAUUACAAAAGAAAAACUUAAAGUGCAUAUGACAGGUUUUCAAAUGAUUCUAAUAAGUUGCAAUCUGCUUGAAAAAUAAAAGUUGGAAAUGCCACGAUGUAGCGCUGUGUUCUAAAAUCGAUCCACAAAAUUCCAUCCAAAAUACAAAGACAAUUUUUGCACAUUUUUGUCAUGAGAAUAAAGAUGUUGAUAUUUAUUCUUAUAUAGAUAUUAAUAUUUUGUGCAAUGUCAGAUACAAGCCUUAGCCGUUUUAUAUGGGAUAUUAAUGGAAUUACCGCUACUUAUGUGACAUGGCAAGACAAGGCAAGUUCAUUUGUUGUUAUAAUGACUGGAGAAUCAAGUAAGGCAGACAAAAAGUAAAAACUAUUAUUUUUGUUAUUGUUUAUUAAUAACAAAAAUCCAGGAGAGUCCAGGAGGCAAAGCAAAAUCCCGAUCUCUUGCUCCACCUCAGCUAGAAAUUUAAAAAGUCUACGCCAAAGAGAAAGGCACCAACUGUUCGCCAAGAAACAACUUCCACUGCAAAGCCACAAAGACGUGAUGUUGCUGUAAAGCCACAAGAACAAGAAAGUGCUAAGCGAGAAGUGACUUCUGCACUUCUCGCUUAACAAACGGGAUCCCAAUUUGAUGGCUCUCCACAUACAAAAUGUUCGCUGCAAACUUGGGAUGAUUUAGGCAGCCAAAAGUUUCCUUUUUGGUUCCUUCCUGUGGAUCAAUCCUGCCCAUCACCUUCACCUUUCACUAUUUUUCAAUUUCCAUUGGGAAGGGAAACAGUUUGAACAGAGGUUUGCAGUCACACUCAUCUGAUUCCCUUUUGCAUUUAUGGAGUUCGCAAACAAAUUUCUUGAGCCGUUUUCCGCUGUUAGGAUCCAACAACCACACAAUUAACGAUAUCUGAAUCACAAAACUAAAAUAUGACAAUAUCAGAACCAGAAACGAAAGUGAUAUGGUUCAAAAGACUUGAAAAGAUCGACUUUGUCAAUAGACGCAUCCCACUGGGAAAUUCAAACAUGGCGGUUUGAUGCUCACUUUUUCAGAAAAUCCUAAGUCCGAAAUUCGUGAUGCAUGUAUUCCACGCACUUUCGCGUCACAGAAUAGGCGAGUUUCAUUGUUGACAAAAGCGCGCGUUGCAUGCUGGGAAUUAUUUUGGUCGGCGGCAAGAAACACUAAUUCAACAUGACGGACGGAGCGAGAAAGCACGUAAAGGGUAUUGAUCCCGGUUAUUUAUUAUUAAGACAAUAUUUAAUUAUUAAGACGAUUUCACCAGAAAUUGGUCAUAAGCAUCGAUGGAGCCAAAUCACCCUUUUCAACCCCGACAAAAGGUGGACCAAACCAAAUUUCUGGUCGGAAUCGCCAACUACCUGGACAAAUAUUUCACUUUGGGCGAUAUCCACAAUGACUUGGUGGAAA